UCACAACAAGCGUAAGCCGGCUGCCACUUUUCUGUGUAUGAAUAUGAAAAGCCGGUCUUGUUGGGACACUAUGACCUGGCAGCCUGUCCCUUUUUUCUGAAGUAAACUCCAAAAAUGCUAAAUGAGGUUUUACCCGUGCUGAAAGAUGGCGGAGUCGGACGGUGUGGCGAAUUCGUCGACACAUUUACAGAACAGAAUGGCUAGCAAGAAUAGCACCCUGCGCUGCACAUUUUCAGCCCCCAGCCACAGUGCCACCCUCCUCCAGGGCUUGUCGGUAUUGCGGUCUCAAGGGCAACUUCUUGAUGUGGUGCUGGCCGUCAAUGAGGAGCGUUUCCAGGUCCACAAAGCUGUGCUGGCCGCUUGUAGUGAUUACUUCAGAGCCAUGUUCACUGGAGGCAUGAAGGAAUCAAAUCAAAAUACUAUUGAGCUGAAAGGUCUGUCCGCCCGAGGGCUGAAGCAUAUUAUAGACUUUGCUUACAGUGCAGAAGUCACUUUAGACUUGGACUGUAUUCAGGAUGUCCUUGGAGCAGCUGUCUUCCUCCAGAUGGACCCUGUUGUGGAGCUCUGUGAGGAGUUCCUGCAGUCAGCGAUGAGUGUCAAGACAUGCCUGCACAUCGAUAAGAUGGCCACCACCUUCAGCUUGUCUUCCCUCAAGGCGUCGGUGGAUGCCUUCACUUUUCGCCACUUUCUCCAAAUAGCCGAGGAGGACGACUUUCUGCACAUUCCCCUGGAGCGCCUCAUCUUCUUUCUGCAGAGCAACAAGCUGAAGAACUGCAGCGAGAUCGAUCUCUUCCAUGCUGCUAUCCGAUGGCUCCAACACGAUGAGUCUCGCCGGGCGGACGCCAGCGACGUCCUCCGCCACGUGCGCUUCCCACUCAUGCGUUCGUCCGAGCUGGUGGACAGUGUUCAGACCGUAGACAUCAUGGUGGAGGAUGUGCUGUGCCGUCAGUACCUCCUAGAGGCCUUCAAUUACCAGAUUCUUCCAUUCCGGCAGCACGAGAUGCAGUCGCCGCGCACACGCAUCCGUUCUGACGUGGUGUCUUUCAUCACCUUCGGCGGCACCCCGUACACUGACAACGAUCGCACAGUGACCACCAAGGUGUAUUAUCUCCCUGACAUUGCUUCUCGCCAGUUCAAGGAGUUGACGGAGAUGGACACGGGGUGCAGUCACGCCUGUGUCGCCGUGCUCGAUAACUUUGUAUACAUUGUCGGCGGGCAGCAUUUACAGUUUCGUAGCGGUGAAGGGGCCGUGGUCAGCUGUUUGCGCUUUGAUCCGCACUUGAACCAGUGGCUGCGCAUCCAUCCGAUGCAGGAGCCCCGUAUCCAGUUUCAAGUCAGUGUUUUGAACGGGAAGAUUUAUGCCACUGGAGGGCGCAAUCGAUCCGGCAGCCUAUCAUCUGUAGAGCGUUACUGCCCAAAGAAAAAUGAGUGGACCUUUGUGGAGCCUUUAAAACGCAGGAUUUGGGGUCACGCAGGGACUACCUGUGGAGAAAAGCUAUAUAUCUCAGGGGGUUAUGGCGUCUCUUUAGACGACAAGAAAACUCUUCACUGUUACGACCCAGAGGCCGACCAGUGGAACUUCAGAGCUCCCAUGAAUGAGCCUAGAGUGCUGCAUGCCAUGAUCUGCAGUGAGGAUCGGGUCUAUGCUCUAGGUGGGCGCAUGGACCACGUGGACCGUUGUUUUGACGUGCUAGCGGUGGAGUAUUACAAUCCGCAGAGUGACCAGUGGACCACCGUCAGCCCCAUGAGAGCAGGGCAGUCUGAGGCUGGCUGCUGCUUACUGGACAAAAAGAUCUACGUCGUCGGAGGGUAUAACUGGCACCUGAACAACGUCACUAGCAUUGUACAGGUGUACAACACAGAGACAGAUGAGUGGGAGAGAGAUUUGCACUUCCCUGAAUCAUUUGCUGGGAUUGCUUGCACACCAGUUGUACUUCCACAGACACAUGUGGAAUAUCUGACCUCUUGGCUGUGAAGACUUCGCUCUGGUUCUCUUUUCGUGUGAUUCCAUCAACAUCACAAGGAAUAUGUGUGAUGUUUUCCUGAUCAGGAAAUACCGCCUGGAAGCGGCUAAGCAUGUACAUUGUAAUGUGGGCUCUGCCCUUUCAAGUAAAAAAAGCACACUCUUUAAUGACAUGCAAGAUAAGGGACCUGCAGCCAUUGGAAUGUAGUUAUAUGUGUGGCUCUAAGUCAGUGGUUCUUAACCUGGGUUCGAUCGAACCCUAGGGGUUCUGUGAGUCAGAUUCAGGGGUUCGGCGGAGGUCAAAACACACCCGACUCAUCGUGUAAAUACAAACUUCUCCCUAUCGGCGUAUUAUGGAUACGGCAACAGCUGACUGAUUUGCAGGUGUGUAAUUUGUUGUGCGUUUAUGCACUGUGUUGGUUUUGUUGUUUGAACAAGGUGAUGUUCAUGCACGGUUCAUUUUAUGCACCAGUAAAAAAAACAUGAUAACACUUUAGUAUAGUGAACAUAUUCACCAUUAAUUAGUUGCUUAUUAACAUGCAAAUUAGUAACAUAUUGGCUCUUAACUAAUCAUUAUUAAGUACUUAUUAAUGCCUUAUUCGUCAUGGCCUUAUUAUAACCCUAACCCUCUAACCCUGACCCUAACCCUAACCAAAUAACUCUAAAUUAAGUCUUUUUUACUUAGAAUAUGUUCCCCUAGUGUCCAAAUAACUCUAAAUUAAGUCUUUGUUACUUAGAAUAUGUUCCCCAUACUAAAGUGUUACCAAAAACAUAUAACUUUGUCUUGAAUUUGAAAAAAAAAAACAUUUUAUUUUUCACUAAAGAAGGGUUCGGUGAAUGCGCAUAUGAAACUGGUGGGGUUCGGUACCUCCAACAAGGUUAAGAACCACUGCUCUAAGUGCAUAUUUAAUAAAGUUGUAUCAGGUUUAAAAUGUACUUGUGUUAUCUUUGAUUUAGUAUAAAACUUAAUGCUCUUCUCCAUAGGCAACAUCAUACAUUCUGUAUUUGUCUCCACUUUCUACUGUACACUGAUAUUAUUCUACACCUGUUUAAAUAACUAGAAGAAAAGGACUGUAGAGUUGGAUAUUACCAUUGGAUUUACAAUACAUUUACAGCACGAAAGCAACUGCUCACAUCACAGUUUGACAUGGUACCCAUGUCAGAAUGAUGAUGAAAAACUGACGUUCAAGCGCAUUGUUUAUAUUUUCAAUAAUGGUGGCAUUUAAAGCCAAUUAUCAACCCUCGUAAUUGUACACCAAAAUGGGACCACAAAAAAACCCCUACAUCACAGGUGUUAAACUCGAAGCCAGAUUUGGCCAGCCACAUUAAUUUAUAUGGCCUGCUAAAGCCUGAAAAAAUAUGCAUCAAUAAAGUACUUUCUUAAUAAAUGUAUUCGUUCUUUGCAUUUUGACAAAACAAAAUAAAAAUAAUGUACUUCUUGCAAAU